UGGCAACAGUAAACAGGUGUAUCGGCGUUCCUCACAGCGGCUCUGAUGGAAAAUUCACAGCAAACAUCUGAACCUCCCAACUUUGUUCAUCAGGAUGAAAUCUGGAAAGCUCAUAUAAAAAUUGAGAAGGAUUCUGGAGAAUCAUGGAGGAAAAACUGGGGCUUCCUGUCUGAAGCCUAUAAGGAGUACGAGAUGAAGAGUGCGCAGCUGAAGAUGGGCCUCCAGCCUGACCUAAGGGUUCGACCUUUGACCCCUCCACAGAAACAGAUCCAGGUCGGCUCGUCCUCCGUCGUCCCUCUGACCUCUCAGCGUUUCAUCGGAUGGCGUUCUGGAUCGUCCUGCCUCCAGCUGGAAAAGUACAACGCAGUGCAUCAUGGGAGGCGUAGUUUCCUGAAGGAUUUGGGUUGGUCUCCAGAUGCUUGCAGCUGAGUUAGAUACAGUAAAUAAUAAAAAUAAUUUGGGUUGGCAGGCAAUUAAAAA